CACAAGUCGUCCUCCUUCACUAGAGAAGCCUUUCUGUUGGGACGCCAAACAUCGUCAAGAACUUCAACCAAGUCCAGUCGCCUUUUGGAUUAAACCUUGAAGUAAGCCAUAACCUGGAACUACGAAAACAUUAACGGAGACAGAAGGCCAGGAUGGCAGAUUUUCCAGUUGACAUCUCGGCACAUUAUGUACUUCAGUUCCUGCAAAGAAGCAAAGCAAGAGAUAAAGACUAUAUAAAACAGGGGAAAGAUCUUGUGGACACAUUUGGAGACAGAACUCUGGCCCUUAGUAAUCCAGCUAAUGUCAAAUGGAUGAUAUGUGGCCUCCAAGGCACAAGUUAUUUUAACAGAAAAGAAGUCGUGGAAGGUUGGGGAAAGUUCUAUCUUCCUGAUGAGGUUAGGAUGCAGGUUGUAGGUUUAGUGAAGAGAACCUCAUGCCCCUGUGAGCAGCUUGUUCUGAUGAUCUGUGAGGAUGGAAAGCUGUAUGCUUACGAUGAAGAGGAGCUGCAUGAGGUGGCUUCCAGUCUGGCGCAGCUCUGUACUCAGGGUUUACAGUAUCCAUCAUCCCUGUGCUAUUACAAAGGGGAGACCUUCAGCAAAAUGACCUACGAGGACUGGGAAAAAGUGAAGCAGAGUGAUUUAGGGAAGAGUUUGGACAAAGCACAUUACGAGCUGGUGACAGCAAAUAAGAAGGGAUUCCUGGAAAAACUCAGACGAGAGCCUGUCCUGAAGGACCGCCAAAAAACCUCUCUGGGCCUUCUGGACGGAGAAGCAUCAUAUGCCUUAAAACCUCCGACGUCUCCUCUUCCUCCUCCGACGAAGCAGCGACUUUUCUACAAGCUCCCCCUGGACGCCUGAGCUUUUCUUUUUUUUUUUUUUAAAGAUUUUUAUCAUAUAUAAGCUUUACUAUAGAUAUAUCAAGAUAAUAAUGCAGGCUGUGCUGAUGCAGGCUUGAAACACUUUUGCACUUUACACUAAUGCACUUAACAUUAAUGCACUGCAGCACAAAAUUAAUCGUGGCAUUCUCCUAGUUUUGAAUCACUUUUUGUAUUAGAAACUUCAGGCAAAUCUUCAGGCAAAUAAAUCCAAAGGGAGCAGGCAAAAUGCAAAACAGUAAGGCAGGCACGGUCAAAAUCACGAUAAGUCUACUAGGAAAAAUGCUGGAACAAGGUGACACACAGGAACACACUACAAACUGGCAACAUGAGGGAGGAAACACAGGGAUAUAUACACACAGACAAUCAGGGGAUAACAGGAUACAGGUGAGCACAAUCAGGGCAGGGAGGCUCAAGGCAGGAAAACCUGAGGAGCAGGAUCUGAAAGACAGAGACAAGGGUAAGUACAAAAUAAAACAGGAACAGACAAAAAUACUAAAUAAAUGAGUAAAAAACAAAACAUGACACUAGGUAACUUUAUGGAUCCUGUCAAUUACCUUAUUUAAAAAUGACCUCUGUGCCUAUCAAAAAUAUCUGAGCUUCAAUUAAUAUCACGGUUACAUGCACAAUUGUAAUAACCAUGAACAUAUUGCUGAAUGUAUGUCCAAUUUAAUUGCUCAAUAAAAGAUGUUUGAAUUAAAAACAAAAAACUAAUAGUCAUAUAGUUUAUAUUUGACAGCGAAUGUACGGUGCUUAGUUUUUUUUGUACUUUUCUGCAAUCUUUUAUGGACAGUAGUCCACUUUAUCUCUACACUCAAGUACACACUUCCUGCUACAUACUCAAGAGAAAAAAAACAUUGCACAUCCCUCGGAGAGAAAUGCUUGGACCCUUUUUUCCCGUUAACUCCUGUUGAGCACAGUUUCAUUUAUACCGAGACUGACUCCGAUAUUAGGUAAGAGAAAGAAGAGUAUACAAACAGAAAGCUGUUUUUUCCAUUCUGAUGGAGGAUUGUUGUUUUGGGUUUUAGGUUUUCUUUUCCUUCUUUCCGUGUAAUUUCAUUGUAUCUUACAAUGGUGAGUAGGAGCUUUUAUUAGCUUUAGUUGCAUAUAUCAUCUUUGUGAAAUUGUACAAUGCUUUUAUAUUUUCUGUUGUCUUUGGAAUAUGUCAAUGUUGUAAUGUGUUAUAUUUUAUACCUCAACACAUCACAAGUCUGCAGACAAAAUUAAGAGGUGAGACAACUGGUUUUCUGUCAGCAAGUUUUGUAUUUUAUUUUGUUUUGGCUAGUUGUAGUCCUUUUUUUCCCAAAACUUUGUGAAUACAAAUGUAUUUUAAAUGAAGCGCAGAGACACAAUGAUGUUCAAGGGCUUUACAUGCUUGGUUGAAUCCAAUGCUGGUACAGAAUCUUGGUUGGGAAAACUCACCUUGUGCAGGACUGUUAUGUACUUUUGAAAAUAAGAAAUGUUGUCAUGCUAUGUGGCCAGGUUGCUUUGUACACAUCCUGCUUUUCAGAUACACAAACACAAACAAAAAAACUAUUCUCAUCACAGGUUCUUCACAGCAUCUUCUUCUUGGGAAAAAUCCACAGUCCCCCAUGUCUCCCACAUGUUAUUGUCAAUGACCGUGAGAUGCUGGAAGAGUUACAAAACCUGUACCCUCAGCCUUUUGUCUUCUAUUUCACUCAAUUACCAAAGAGGAGUCCAUUUUCCUGUGUGCUUGACAUGAUUAUCCACCUGACUGGACAGAAGGUCUUCCUGACUGAAGAAGCUAAGGAAAGUGACAUAAUAGAAAGCCUGCGAGAGGUCAUCUCUGAUCUGAAGAAGGAUAAAGCAAACGACCUGAUCUCCUCCGCCAUCUGUGUGUCUCAAAAGAAACCAGUCCAAGACUCAGUCAGGUACUAUGGAGUCUCCAUGUCCACCUCUGGCUGUGUUCCCGGGCGAAUCAUGGUUGCUGCCUCCUGUCUCAGCACCUGGGACUCUUUUGUAGCCGAUGCAGUGAUGACCUACAAUCCAGACAAGGUCAAAAAGGACUAUUUUGAUGGAACCUUCCAAAUCCAAGAGCUGAUCAGGUGUCAGGCCUUCAGCCUGACAAAAGAAGGUCAAAUGGAUCCUUGCAGAUCAUGUGGGAAUCUGUUUGGUUUGACAACAUGUCAAAUAAAAGUGUGGGCCUAUGGCAACUGUGCUGAAGCAGAAAGUAUAAGCAACUUGCUUAAAAAUGAGGAUGAAGUGAGAGAGCAAAUAAGACCAACAUCUGAUAGGAACACAGAGAGGAACAGGCAAAGGGCAAAAGAGAGUGUUGUUAACGAUCUGAAGACAUGGCUGAAAUUGGUGAAAUUCAAUCAACAGGAUUUACAAUUCUACACACCACCAGGAAUUGAAUCUGAGAAUAGAGAAAAUGAUGGGAUAUUAAAUAUGAUAGACACAACACUUUCAUACUUUAUUUCAAGGUAACACGAUAGACCUCUUUUGAUGUGACUGGUUGGCUGAAGAAUGCUCCCUGUAAAUGUGUCUGUGGAUUAUUCUAGAUGUUUUGAGGUGUGUGAAUUAAUGGCAUCAGAGUUGUUUAUAUCUCACUUACUAAUUGUAAAUUGUUAUUUGGGCCAGUUAUGUAAAGAUGGAACAAUAAAAUAUAAGAAAGCAUACAUGGCAAAAUUGUAAAGUACAAGUGUGUCAACAGGUUAAAUCCAGCAUCAUGGAAGAUUUGAAAGCUCUUCAUUUGAUCUUGUCAUUCAUGGAAAAAUAAAGAUGUACACUGACGUUAA